AUGCAGCGCUGGGCCUGGGCCUGGGCCGCAGCCCUCCUCUGGCUGCAGCUCACACUCCUCCGGGGCGUCGGGGCGCGGCGGCAGCCCAGCCAGCACAUGGAGCCCCCCAACGCCACCACAUCCCACAGCGCAUGGCUGCUGGGCGCCCCCAAGGCUUCCAAGGCCUCAAGACCUGAGUUCUCAGAUGCCCACAUGACGUGGCUGAACUUCAUUCGGCGGCCUGACGAUGGGGCCUUGAAGAAACGGUGCCGAGGCCGGGACAAGAAGUCGCAGGGUCUCUCGGGUCCCCCAGGGCCUCCUGGACCCCCUGGGCCCCCGGGGCCACCCGGUGCAGAAGUCACCCUGGAGGUCCUGCUGCAGGAAUUUCAGGAGAUGCUGAGAGAAGCUGCCGAGCGCCGGUUCCCAGGGCUGCAAGGCCCGCUGCUGCCCCAGGGGCUGGGCCUGCGGCUGGUGGACGAGGCCUUUCGCUGCCGGCUGCGCAGCCCCCAGCUGGUGGACGGGAGGACACUGGUGGAGCUGCGUGGCUUUCAGGCCCCCACUGCCCAGGGCGACUUCCUGCGGGGGUCCGGCCUCAGCCUGUCCUCGGGCCGGUUCACAGCCCCGGUGUCCGGCAUCUUCCAGUUCUCUGCCAGCCUGCACGUGGGCCACAGUGCGCUGCAGGGUAGGCCGCGGCUGUGGGCCGGCGGCGCGGUGCGCGUGCUCAUCUGUAUCGAGUCCCUGUGCCAUCGGCUUGCGUCCCUGGAGGCCGUGUCGGGCCUGGAGAGCAACAGCAGGGUCUCCACGGCCCAGGUGCAGGGGCUGCUGCAGCUGCAGGCUGGACAGUAUGCUUCCGUGUUCCUGGACAACGGCUCUCGGGUGCUUCUCACCGUCCAGGGCGGCUCCAGCUUCUCGGGGCUGCUCCUGGGCAGGAGUCACGAGCAGGUGGCCAUGGGCUCCAACCUCUGA